CUUGCCUGCAAGAGAGGAGGACCCGGACCAAGAAGACCAAAGGCAAAUCAAAAACAUGUGCUCACUGAAGACAAUGCUGUGCCUGGCACUCCUCAUUGCAUCCGCUGUUACCACAGUGUCAGCUGACACGGGCAAGUUCAGCAGCUGCUGUACCCGGGUCUCCUCUGCCAAACCUAAGAUUCACCUCGAAAAUUUUCUCCUCCAAAAGGCAGAUCCUCCAUGUGUGGAAGCUGUGAUGUUUAUCACAAAGGAAGGAAAGAUUCUUUGCUCCAGACCUAAUUUGCCCUGGGUUAAGCAGAGGAUGAUGGAGAUCAGGUUAAGGAAAGAAGCACUACAAAAUAAUACUGCUACAGAAUAAAGCAGAAAUGAUGGAAUACAAGCAAUUCAGCAGCCAUGUCACAUAAAACUUCAUCCAGGAUCAUCUGUGGAGAAAGACGUUUAUAAGACUUGUAUCUACAAUGCAACCAUAAUGUAAUUUAUAAAUAUUUAAUUUGGUGGCCGUUUGCCAUCCAGUUAAUUUAUUCUGUAAGAAUUUUUGUUAACAGACCUAGAAAAGAAAAAGUAUUUUGUAUUUAUUAUGAAUAAUCAGUGUUAGCUGGGGUUGUGGUUUAUAAAUAACUGUGCACUAAUGUAAUCUCACAUGAAAGAUUUAAAUGCCAUUGUGUAAACAUUACAGUUUUUGAAUUAUAGGAUUUGUUUGUAAAACAUUAAUAUUCUGUUAUAGUUGUACUUUUAAUUUACUUUGUAUAAUUUUCAGAUCCAGAAACCUUAGCAGUAAUCUAACAUACCAGCCAAUAUUUAUAUAGACAAAAAAGCAAUAUCCUAAUAGGUCAUGACCACUCUGGAGCCCAAAAAUCAUUACUGUGCUGUCGAAAAUGGGAUAAUUGAGUUAUUAGUUAUUUAUUAAUGCAGUUUGGGGAUGCAAAUGGCUAACACUGAGGGAUUGAUCUUUUGGGGUCAGAGAUGGGAUGUUAUGCAAAAAGCUCCGGCUUACUCUGAGCAUGUUCGUUUACUGCUGAACUCUAUGGAUUGUUCACAAUUACAUUUAACACCGUGAUGCUCCAACUUUCCCCACUUAUUUCCCAAUAUUACAUUAUAGAUGUAAUAAAACACUGUUAAGUUUUAAUUAUGCCUACAUUAUUGCAUUUGGAAAAUAAAUUAGACAAGCAGAGCAUAUCGAACAUGUAAUGAGGCACACAAAAUAUUACAAUUGGAUAUCUGAUUGGCUUUGUCUGUUAGCAGACAUUGUGCUAUGUCUCCUAUGUAAUUUAGGGGGACAUUUACUAAGCAGUGAUAAGAGCGGAGAAGUGAGCCAGUGGAUAAGUGGCCCCAUCAACCAAUCAGCAGCUUUGUAUAAUUUUAUAGUAUGCAAAUUAUAGAUGUUACUUCAGUGCUGAUUGGUUGCCAUGGGCAACUUCUCCACUGGCUCACUUCUCCGCUAUUAUCACUGCUUAGUAAAUGUCCCCCUUAGUAACAUGUAAACUGCUUACCAAUGACUAGGUGGAUGCAAGUGCUGUAUACAGAUUAUGUGCAAAUGUGUAUUACUGACGGUGUCCAUAUGAAUUUAGAUUUCCUGCCAUGUAUUUAUUAAACACAUCCCAUCUUCUCUGAUGACUGAAACAUAACAUGAAUUAUUUAUUAAUAAUUUAAUAGAGACUUAAUUAUGUUUGGGAAAUUGUGAAUGUUUCAAUAUUCUUUUACAGAAUGGAACCAUAACUUAUGUCCAUAUAUGACAGGGCUCAAUAAAAUAUUU